AUGAGGACUAUCUCCACAGAAGCCAAGGAUCAGGACACGGAAUAUAUCAUCGUUGCUCUCUCCUACCGCGGCUACUGGACCUCUUCAGGUCGUGCAACACAAUCCGGUAUUGAACGCGAUUCCCAGGCAUUCCUGGACUGGGUAUCAGACGCUUACACGACGCCCGACACGGACCUCCGAGUUAUCCUCUGGGGACAUAGUCUCGGAUCCGCCGUUGCGAGCACCGCCCUUUCGACAUAUCUGUCACGGCAAUCCAGCACAACAAGGCUGGUUCCGAUCUCCGGGUUGAUCAUGGAAGCGCCCACCUCUAAUAUCAAGGAUAUGCUCAUUAGCUUGUAUCCUCAGAGAUGGCUCCCAUAUCGCUAUCUAUGGCCCUUUUCCUGGAAUACAUGGUGCAACAGGACUGCCCUCGAACGACUAGCCGACUGUCGAGACCAAUGCGAGGGUUCAACUAUCCCCCCCAUCUUGAUCCUGUCUGCUGAACAUGACGAAGUAAUCCCCCCGCAUGUGGCAGGUCAGUUGGAGAGGAGAGGUCAUGAGUUGGGUUUGGAUAUUGCGAGGAUCGAUGUCCCGAGGGCGAUGCAUAUUGAGGCACCGAUGAAACCGGAGGGAAGGGAGGCAUUGGUGAGAUUUAUUUUCAAGAAUACGCUGUAA